GGAGCCGGGCGCGAGGUCUGAGAUAUUUCAGUCAAAGGAAGAAAAAGCUCUUCCCCUAAGAUGGAAUCUGUUGUUUGGGAAUGUGGUUGAUCAACUCGAUGUGUUGGCCAGAUGUGCCCUAUGUAAUAAAAUGAAAAGAAGAAACAAGAUGAUGUCAUUUUCCCAUAUUGUGAAACCAAAAACAAAUGCCUUUUGUGAGACCAAGCUAACGAACCUCUGACAGUGCGAAGAGUAUUUAUUUGAAGAACUUAAUAGUAAGAUAUAGAAGAAUACUUCCAAGCCAAGACCUGCAGGUGUGUAAAGAUCUAACAUACAAGUACUGAGUGGGCCCUGAUCAUCCGAGCCUUGUCAGACCCAGGAAGGAUGGCUAUGAGCUGGAUUGUCUUCUAUCUUUGGCUCUUGACUGUGUUUGUGGGGCAUAUAGGUGGGCACAGUUUGUUUUCUUGUGAACCUAUUACCUUGAGGAUGUGCCAAGAUUUGCCUUAUAAUACUACCUUCAUGCCUAAUCUUCUGAAUCAUUAUGACCAACAGACAGCAGCUUUAGCAAUGGAGCCAUUCCACCCUAUGGUGAAUCUGGAUUGUUCUCGAGAUUUCCGGCCAUUUCUCUGUGCGCUCUAUGCUCCUAUUUGUAUGGAGUAUGGCCGUGUCACACUUCCCUGUCGUCGGCUGUGUCAGCGGGCUUACAGCGAGUGCUCAAAGCUCAUGGAGAUGUUUGGUGUUCCUUGGCCUGAAGAUAUGGAAUGCAGUAGGUUCCCAGAUUGUGAUGAGCCGUAUCCUCGACUUGUGGAUAUGAACUUAGCUGGAGAUCCGACUGAAGGAGCCCCAGUGGCAGUACAGAGGGACUAUGGUUUUUGGUGUCCCCGAGAGUUGAAAAUUGACCCUGAUCUUGGUUAUUCCUUUUUGCGUGUGCGUGAUUGUUCACCUCCUUGUCCAAAUAUGUACUUUAGGAGAGAAGAACUGUCAUUUGCUCGCUAUUUCAUAGGAUUGAUUUCAAUCAUUUGCCUCUCUGCCACAUUGUUUACUUUUUUAACUUUUUUGAUUGAUGUCACAAGAUUCCGUUAUCCUGAAAGGCCUAUUAUAUUUUAUGCAGUCUGCUACAUGAUGGUAUCGUUAAUUUUCUUCAUUGGGUUUUUGCUUGAGGAUCGAGUAGCCUGCAAUGCAUCUAGCCCUGCACAGUAUAAGGCUUCCACAGUGACACAAGGAUCUCAUAAUAAAGCCUGCACCAUGCUUUUUAUGGUACUCUAUUUUUUUACUAUGGCUGGCAGUGUAUGGUGGGUAAUUCUUACCAUCACCUGGUUCUUAGCGGCUGUGCCAAAGUGGGGAAGUGAAGCUAUUGAGAAGAAAGCAUUGCUUUUUCACGCCAGUGCCUGGGGCAUCCCCGGAACUCUAACUAUCAUCCUUUUGGCGAUGAAUAAAAUUGAAGGUGACAAUAUUAGUGGCGUGUGUUUUGUUGGGCUCUACGAUGUUGAUGCAUUGAGAUACUUUGUUCUUGCUCCCCUCUGCCUGUAUGUGGUAGUUGGGGUUUCUCUCCUCUUAGCUGGCAUUAUAUCGCUAAACAGAGUUCGAAUUGAGAUUCCAUUAGAAAAGGAGAACCAAGAUAAAUUAGUGAAGUUUAUGAUCCGGAUUGGUGUUUUCAGCAUUCUUUAUCUCGUACCACUCUUGGUUGUAAUUGGAUGCUACUUCUAUGAGCAAGCUUACCGGGGCAUCUGGGAGACCACCUGGAUACAAGAGCGCUGCAGAGAGUAUCACAUUCCGUGCCCGUAUCAGGUUACUCAAAUGAGUCGUCCAGACCUGAUUCUCUUUCUGAUGAAAUACCUGAUGGCUCUCAUUGUUGGUAUUCCUUCCAUUUUUUGGGUUGGAAGCAAAAAGACAUGCUUUGAAUGGGCUAGUUUUUUUCAUGGUCGUAGGAAGAAAGAAGUAGUAAAUGAGAGCCGACAAGUACUCCAGGAGCCAGAUUUUGCUCAGUCUCUUCUGAGGGAUCCAAACACUCCUAUCAUAAGAAAGUCAAGAGGGACUUCCACUCAAGGAACAUCCACACACGCUUCCUCCACUCAGCUGGCCAUGGUGGAUGAUCAAAGAAGCAAAGCCGGGAGUGUUCACAGCAAAGUGAGCAGCUACCACGGCAGCCUCCACAGAUCACGGGAUGGCAGGUACACGCCCUGCAGUUACAGAGGAAUGGAGGAGAGACUACCUCAUGGCAGUAUGUCACGACUCACGGAUCACUCCAGGCACAGCAGUUCUCAUCGCCUCAAUGAACAGUCACGACAUAGUAGCAUCAGAGAUCUCAGUAACAAUCCCAUGACUCACAUCACACAUGGCACCAGCAUGAAUCGAGUUAUUGAAGAAGAUGGAACCAGUGCUUAA